AUGACAGAUGUACCAUCAAAACCACCACAAACAACUCCACCACCAAAACCAAAAAGUAGAGCACCAACUACUAUUUUUUCAUCACCACCACAAUUACCAGAUAGAUCAUCAUUAAAUAUUUCACAUACAGCAUCAACACCAACACUAACACCAACACCACUACAACAACAACAAAUUCAUACAGAUGGAAAUUCACAACAACCAAAAUCUUCACCACCACCAUUACCAGAAAGACAAUCCUUUUCAAAUUCACCAAAUAGACAAACACAAUCAUUUAUUCAAAAACCAGCUUUACCACCAAGAGAUAGUCAAUAUAAUACAAUUAGUGGAUCCACUGUUUUUAAAAGCAAUAAUAAUAUUAAUAAUAAUAAUAAUGAUAGUCAUAUUAUUACAAAUGGAAAUGCAAGUACUAGUUUUAUUCAAGGAAAUAGAGUAACUAGAGUUUUAAAUACUAACAAAUCCGAACCUAUAUUACAGCAACCACAACAAUCACAUUCACCACAACAACAACAACAACAACAUACACCAAACCAUCAACAACCAUUAUCGCCACAACAACAAAAAGAUUUAGCUCAAAAAAGAUCAACAAUGCCAUUACCACCAAGACCUAAUAAAAAUAGACCUUUACCAACACCAAUAAGUCCUGAAAGUCAUCCAUUAACAAUAAAUGAAGAAAAUAGUAUAACAGAGGACAAAGAACAACAACCACAACAAUCAGCACCACCACAACCACAACUACAACAAUCACAACAAAAUACAGAUAAUUCAAGAAAACCAAUUGUUGCUCCACCAACCCCAACAAUACAGUAA